AAACUCAGAUUAUACAAAGGUGCUCUUGUUUGCAAGCUCUGCAGCCGUUCUUUCGCUUAUGCCCUCUCUUCGUAGUUUGAAACUCUCUGAUUUCUUCCCUUGCGAACCGUUUCUUUCGCUUAUGCCCUCUCCUCCUAGUUAAAUCCAGACCAACCCCCAAAAAGCCAAACCCAAACUUGGAACUCUCUGAUUUCUUCCCUGAAACCUUCCUAAUGUUUUAUAAGGUGUUCCACUUAUCAAAUCCCUCAACUUUCAUCCCCAACAUCAUCAUAAUGGUUGACGAAUAUCCUUCACCUUGGAUCGAUUGGAUUCGAAAUUAUAUUGAUUUAUUAAAUCAAUUUCGGCUAGAUGAUUGCAAUCUGAUGCGGUUAAACCAUUUAGGUUUCAAUUUCUUUUUCUGGCAUAAAAAAAAGAUGAAACCUCAGCUCCAUUUUCGUUCGGAUCCAUCAUGGCAGUUCAAAACAGGCUAUGUUGGAAAUGGAUUCUUGAUGUUGAAGCAGAGGAUGCUUGUUGCUGUUGCUUGUCCUGGCCAUUUUGCAUCCGGAGUCCCAACCCCAACCCUACCGCAACUCCCAGCCCUACCCCAAGUUCGGUGUAUUACCAAUUUUGCCUCCACCGAGCGAUUUUUCUUCUCCUAUUCCAUUGAACAAGCACUCAACCUCGAGUCACACCGUCUUCAAUGGAAUGACUUCAUGGCAAACCAAUGUCAAUCUUUAACGUCUCUAACAUAUUAGAUGUUAUCCACUGGAAGUCUGAUUCUGUACAUUUUCUAUCUGAGAAUUGUCUUAGAAUCCAAUUUCCUGUUCACAGUAGGGAGCAUGGGUCAACUUUAUUUUUUAGGGCAGAGUGUACUCUCAAAUAGUAUUUAGGUCGUUUUCCAAUCAAAUUCGAAUUGCAGAAUCCAACUGCAAUUAUACCAGAGAUUCGCCAUGUUUUGAAGGGGGUUCUGAAUAUUUUUUUGAAAUACCAUUCUGAUAACAAAUUUAGACAAAUCCGCCUAGAAAAUUUGUAUUGGACUGGUAGGAAGAUGGUUGGUGUUAUGUUUAGGAAGGAGCCAAGUGCCAAGGAGAGUGAUUUGGAUGCUCUAAAAGCAACAGUAAUUAAAAUGUUCGAUGGAACUCUCCCCACUUGUCUUAAGGAAGUGCUGACUCAAAUUGAUGAGAAUUCAUUGUGAGUAUACAUAUAAUUCUUAUGUGAUUUAUCUAUUUUUGUAGGCUUUGAUUGAUUUAGUUUCUCGUUUUUUUAGGCCGUCCCAAUACCGGUGAUCUCAAGAAAGUAUAAGCUACCGGACCUAUGUUGUUCUCAACAUAUUGGAAGGCUCAGUAACGUCGGUAAAUAUAGGCAAAUUGGAUAACUAUUGGAAGAAUAAUCCAAUUUGUCAGCUUGUUCAACCUGUCGCAUGGAAAAACUUGUUAGGUGGAACCUAUGGGAGUAAUGCUAACGGUUGGAAUAGGCAGUUGGAGUAUCCUAUCCAGUAUCUUAUAAUGGCAGUAUCUUAUAAUGGCGAGGAAUAUUGGGGAGCACAAUUUUCAUCAAUAUUACUUGCAGACAAAUGAUGCUCCCCAAUAUUCCUCGCCAUUAUAAGAUACGGGAUAUGAUCCUCCGACUGCCUGUUCCAACAGUUAGCAUUACUCUCAUAGGUUCCACCUAACAAGUUUUUCCAUGCGACAGGUUGAACAAGCUGACAUAUUGGAUCAUUCUUCCAAUAGUUAUCCAAUUUGCCUAUAUUUACCGACGUUACUGAGCAUUCCAAUAUGUUGCGAACAACAUAGGUCCGGUAGCUUAUCCUUUCUUGAGAUCUCAGGUAUUGCAACGGCCUAAAAAAACGAGAAACUAAAUUAGUCAAAGCCUACAUAAGAAUUAUACGUAUACUCACAAUGAAUUCUCAUCAAUUUGAGUCAACAGUUCCUUAAGACAAGUGGGGAGAGUUCCAUCGAACAUUUUAGUUACCGUCACUUUUAGAGCAUCCAAAUCACUCUCCUUGGCUCCUUCCUAAACAUAAUACCAACCACCUUCCUACCCGUCCAAUACAAAUUUUCUAGGUGGAUUUGUCUAAAUUUGUUAUCAGAAUGGUAUUUCAAAAACAUAUCUAGAACCCUCUUCAAAACAUGGCGAAUCUCUGGUAUAAUUGCAGUUGGAUUCUGCAAUUCGAAUAUGAUUAUAAAACGACCUAAAUACUAUUUGAGAGUACACUCAACUUGACAAAAUUCAACUGCGGAUGCAAUUCUUGUGUACAUCCUCAGUUGAAUUUUGUCAAGUUGAAGGGCUUAAAGUGAUGGAGGUAGCUGAUUUGCCACGAGGAGAGAGAUUUCGAGUUGGAAGAUGGUCGACCAAGCUUGGAUGAUUGACUAGAAUAGAUUUGGAUGGCUGAGUAGAUAGAUUUAUUAUGUCUGAUUUAUGGAACAGAUUUUGUUAUUAUGGUAGUUUGAAUAGAUUUGUUAUAUGUCUGGUUUAUGGAAUAGAACAGAUUUUGUUAUUAUGGUGGUUUGAAA